GCAGUGUGUCAGUGUGGGGCAGACAACAUGGGGAAAGGUUUCUUCAUCAGUAAAGCUGUUGGGAUAGCGGCUAUCAUCGUGGGUGCAGGGGCCCUGGCUACUAUCAUAGCUCUGUCUGUCGUUUACUCACAGGAAAAAGCAAAAAAUAAUGAUAAUGUCUUGCCAACGGAUGGAGGAACAACAUCCAAACCGCCUGUCACAACAACUGCCCCAUCCAAUGAACCUUGGGACAAGUAUCGGCUGCCCAAGAGCCUGGUGCCAGACCACUAUAAUGUCACCCUAUGGCCACGACUGACACAGAACUCGACAACUGGACUCUUCAUCUUUACUGGUCACUCCACAGUGGAGUUUGUGUGUGCUGAGGAGACUGACCUGAUUCUUAUCCACUCCAAUAAGCUGAACUACACCAAACGUGAGAAUAACCACUCGGCAAGCCUUACCUCAUUAGGUGGAGUCAAAGCCCCCUCAAUCAAGUCUUCCUGGCUUCAGCAGGUGACUCAGUACCUGGUCCUACAGUUGGAUGGUAAACUGAUGAAGGGCCACAGGUACCACCUCUACACUGAAUUUACUGGAGAGCUGGCCGAUGACCUGGGAGGCUUCUAUAGGAGCGAAUACAUGGAGAAUGGAGUGAAAAAGGUUGUUGCUACCACUCAGAUGCAGCCCACAGAUGCCAGGAAGGCUUUCCCCUGUUUUGAUGAGCCAGCUAUGAAAGCUAUUUUCCACAUCACUCUGAUCCACGACAUUGGAACUGUAGCUCUGUCCAAUGGCGAAGAAAAAGAGUCUAGCAACGUCAACAUUGAAGGUCAUGAUGUGCAGAAGACAGUUUUUCAGCCAACUGAGAAAAUGUCCACCUACCUGUUGGCGUUCAUUGUCAGCGACUAUUCAUUCAUCAAUAACACCAUAGAUGGAGUUUUGAUCCGUAUCUUCGCCCGGAGGCCUGCUAUUGCUGCUGGGCAAGGAGACUAUGCCCUUAACAAAACUGGACCCAUCCUUAAGUUCUUUGAGAAGUAUUACAAUUCUAGCUACCCUCUGCCCAAGUCUGAUCAGAUAGCUCUGCCAGACUUUAAUGCUGGAGCCAUGGAGAACUGGGGUCUGAUCACAUACAGAGAGACUGCAUUGCUCUACGAUGAAGCCUUCUCCUCCAACUCCAAUAAGCAGAGGAUUGCUACCAUCAUUGCCCAUGAACUGGCUCACAUGUGGUUUGGCAAUCUGGUGACCCUAAGGUGGUGGAAUGACUUGUGGCUAAAUGAAGGUUUUGCAUCCUAUGUUGAGUACCUGGGAGCACAUGAGGCAGAGCCUGAUUGGAAUGUGAAAGACCUCAUCGUGCUCAGUGACAUCCACAGGGUGUUUGCCGUCGACGCCUUGGCCUCUUCCCACCCUCUGUCCUCCAAGGAAGAGGACAUCCAGAAACCCGCACAAAUCAGUGAGCUGUUUGAUGCCAUCUCUUACAGCAAGGGUGCAUCUGUUCUGAGGAUGUUGUCGGAUUUCCUAACUGAAGAAAUCUUCACAAUGGGACUCAGGACCUACCUGGCUGAAUUUGCAUUCGGGAACGCAGUCUACACAGACCUAUGGAAGCAUCUGCAAAUGGCUGUUACUGCUACUGGCACUGACAUUCCUGACACUGUUAAUAACAUCAUGAACACAUGGGUGCUGCAGAUGGGCUUUCCUGUGGUUAAAGUAGAUACCAGUACUGGUCUCGUAUCCCAGAAGCACUUUCUCUUGGAUCCGGACUCUAAAGUCACCACUCCAUCUAUCUACAACUAUGAAUGGAUUGUUCCAAUCAAGUGGAUGAAGACUGGAGAAACCCAGCCACCAAAAUGGCUAAAGAAUACAUCAGUUACAAUCAAUGAGAUGAAAGUAUCAGGGGAAGACUGGGUGCUGACCAACAUCAAUGUGGUUGGUUACUACAGAGUCAACUAUGACCAGGGCAACUGGGACCGACUCCUCCAUGUUCUGAGCAUCAAUCAUGUGGCUAUUCCAGUGAUCAACAGAGCUCAGUUGGUGGAUGAUGCCUUCAACCUGGCUAGGUAAGUCCUACUAAUGCAGUAUUAUAUAGAGAUGAAUCUAGUAAUUAAAAGA